AUGGAGGCCGGGAUCCUGGGUCAAAUCCUCGCCGCCUGUCGGCGGGCCGAGGACCUCGGCAGGGCCGUCCUUCUCGCCGACGACCCCGGCUACCUCCUCGCCGCCGACCCUGGCUACCUCCUCAUCUCCUGCGAUGAGCUCGCCGCCUCCUUCCAACAAGCCGCCGCUGCGCUCCGAUCCCGAAUGCUCCUCCCAGAGGUGCCCCAGCCGGAGGAGCAGCAGCGCAGCUCCAUCGGCCCUUUGGCCAUUCCCCCGCACGCGGAGCUGCUGCCGGAGCUACCCGCCGGGCCGUCAGGGAUCCGAACGCCGAGGAAGAGGAAGGAGGGGAGGUUGACGUUGAGAACUCCGGCUCCGGUGACUGGAAAAGUCGACGUUCCACCGGAAGAUGGAUACACUUGGAGGAAGUACGGCCGAAAGGCUAUUCUGCAUUCCAAGUUUCUAAGGAGCUACUACCGGUGCACCCACAAGAUUUGCGAGGCCAAGAAGAAAGUGCAGCAGAUCGACGAAAACCCCUUCAUCCUCGAAAUCACAUACGAAGGCGAACACACUUGCCAGACCUCCACUACACCGCUCCUCAUCCCCCCAAUCACCGUCGCAGUCGCCGCCGCCGGAGAAAACAGAGACCCCGGCGCCGGCGGCGAUAGCGCCUCGCCCCUGUUCCAGGCAGGGACGUCGUCGGCGUCGCAACCGAAAACUGAUAACUGGCUUGGCGACGAAGCGCAGGGAACGGCGGCGGGGACGGGCGGCGGCGACGGCGGCGGGGACGUGGAUGAUUGGUUGGCGGAUCUCACCGACACCAUGUUUAAUUUUUCCGGAAGCAGCGACAGCUGCAUGGACUCCAUCUUCCCGCCGAGGCCGGGGAACUAAUCGAUCUAAAUGAUCAACAACUAGUUAAUUAGA